UGCGAACUGCCUUCUGUAUCGCCUCGGAGCUGACAUUUUACUGCCACCGCAGAGAAAAGGCAAGAAAUUAUCAACAGUGCCUGUAGACUCCCAAGUCACCGCGCGAGGCCGUUGCUGAAGACAAUUAUCCCCUUCGCAUCCGCGUGUCUAUCCCUCCGUCGCAACAAACACACCCGUCGCCAUCCCUCACCGUGCCGGCCAAUGCUUCAGGGGUUUCUUCGUUGACGCAUCUCCCCCACCACUACAUCCCUGAGGAGGGUGUUUACCCGCCCUGUAUACGAUGGCCAGCGGUAGGCCUCCUGGACGAAGCCAUCCGUCCGCUGGCCGCGAUGGCGACUUGCUGCAGCUCGAUGAGCAUGGCGGCCAAUCCGUGUACAACAGCGGCCAGCGCCCCCCGGUGAACGACGACCACCUGUUGGAGCAGUACAACAUCGACGAUUCCGAUCAACCGCGCCCGUCUGUUUCCUACGAUGAUUUCGUUGGAGCCAGAAAUGCCGCUGCUGGUGGUGCGCAUGGCGAUUCAAACCGGCACCUGGAUUCCUCCGCGAGCAACCCAUACCUUGGCGCGCCUGCACACCGGACAUACUCGCAGACAUCCGACCUGGACAACUUCCAACGCUAUUCCGAUGUCGAUGACUACGAAGAUGGACACAUGCAUGGAUACUACAAUGAUAUGGACGAUGAGCAUCUGCCAUCGGGCAGGGUGCGACAGCAACAUGAGCGCAAUAGUAUUUUGGGGCUGGGCGGUGGACUGAUGGGCAAAGCGAAGAACAUGCUCGGCAUGGGUUCGGAGUACUCAGAGAUGGAUCUACCACUGACAGAAGCUGGAGCUAGGAGGUCACAACUCGGCGAUGAUGCCAGUUCUGCAAAACCGAAAAAGAAAGGCUUCAGCUCUUCAAGCUUCAAAUUCGGUAGGAGGAAGGUCGAUCCAGCGUCUUUGGGGCCCCGGAAUAUUUUGCUCAACAAUGCACCUGCCAAUUCUGCCCAGAAAUAUGUCGACAACCAUAUCUCGACCGCCAAAUACAACAUUAUCACCUUCAUCCCCAAAUUCCUCUACGAACAGUUUUCCAAAUAUGCCAACUUAUUCUUCUUGUUUACCGCCGCCCUACAACAGAUUCCUAACGUCACGCCUACGAACAGAUACACAACCAUUGUCCCGCUAGGUAUUGUCCUAUUGGUCUCCGCCAUUAAAGAGCUGGUUGAAGAUUAUAAACGAAGAUCCUCGGAUAAUUUACUGAAUACAGCCGGAGCCCUCGUUUUGAAAGGGUCUCAAUUUCAAGAGACCAAAUGGCUAGACGUUGCUGUGGGCGACAUUGUCCGCGUUGAGUCUGAAGACCCCUUUCCUGCGGAUCUGGUUUUGUUAGCUAGUUCUGAACCCGAAGGUCUUUGCUAUAUUGAAACCGCCAACCUGGAUGGUGAGACCAAUUUGAAGAUAAAACAGGCCAUUCCAGAAACAGCCCACCUUGUCAACCCUAGCGACCUAAGCCGAUUGAGUGGACGUCUACGAUCAGAACAACCGAAUAGCAGUCUCUAUACCUACGAAGCCACAUUGACGAUGCAUGCUGGAGGAGGGGAAAAGGAGCUGCCUAUUUCACCGGAACAACUUCUUCUUCGUGGCGCAACUCUCCGCAACACUCCUUGGAUUCACGGAAUUGUUGUUUUCACCGGCCACGAGACGAAAUUAAUGCGAAACGCCACAGCCACCCCUAUCAAGAGAACUGCGGUCGAGCGUACCGUGAAUCUGCAAAUUUUGAUGCUGGUUGCAAUUCUUAUCGGUUUGAGUGUUAUCACCUCGGUAGGUGAUCUAAUCAUGCGCAAAACGUCGAGCAGCAAGCUGGCCUAUCUGGGCUACGGUGACUACCAGGUUGCCAAGCAAUUUUUCAUGGACAUUGCUACCAACUGGGUUUUGUUUUCCAAUCUGGUGCCAAUCUCACUCUUCGUCACAAUUGAAAUCGUCAAAUACUUCCAGGCUUUCCUGAUCAAUUCCGAUUUGGACAUGUACUAUGACAAAACCGAUACGCCAGCCACCUGCCGUACCUCAUCUCUCGUUGAAGAACUUGGGCAGAUCGAAUAUAUCUUUUCUGACAAGACGGGCACUUUAACCUGCAAUAUAAUGGAGUUUAAACAGUGUUCAAUCGGCGGAAUUCAAUACGCCGGUGAGGUUCCGGAGGACCGGAGGGCGACGAUGGAUGAAGAAGGAGGCAUCUACGACUACAAGCAACUUCAAGAAAAUUUACAGACUCACCCGAGCUCAGCAGCUAUCCACCAUUUCCUCACGCUGCUUGCUACAUGCCAUACAGUGAUUCCCGAAAAGAGAGAUGAUAAACCUGGUGAGAUUAAGUAUCAAGCUGCGUCUCCUGAUGAGGGGGCAUUGGUUGAAGGUGCUGUGACUCUUGGAUACAAGUUUACAAACAGAAAGCCUCGGACUGUGCAGAUCACGGUGGGUGGACAGGAAUACGAAUAUGAACUCUUGGCUGUGUGUGAAUUCAACUCGACUAGGAAACGAAUGUCGACUAUUUACCGAUGCCCGGAUGGCAAGGUCAGAGUUUACUGCAAAGGUGCCGAUACAGUUAUCUUGGAGCGCUUACAUCCGGAUAACCCAACCGUGGAGGUGACGUUACAACAUUUGGAAGAAUAUGCUUCUGAAGGAUUGCGAACGUUGUGUUUGGCCAUGCGAGAAGUUCCAGAGGAGGAAUACCAACAAUGGAUUCAAAUCCAUGAAAAAGCCGCCACCACGGUUAGCGGUAACCGUCAAGAUGAGCUGGAUAAGGCUUCUGAACUUAUCGAAAAAGACUUUUACCUUCUCGGAGCGACUGCUAUCGAGGAUAGGCUGCAAGACGGUGUUCCUGACACCAUCCACACCCUUCAGCAAGCCGGUAUAAAGGUUUGGGUGUUGACUGGUGAUAGACAAGAAACCGCUAUCAACAUUGGGAUGUCCUGCAAGCUUAUCUCUGAAGAUAUGUCAUUACUCAUUGUUAACCAAGAAAAUUCCGCGGCUACGCGGGAAGAUAUUUCCAAGAAACUUCAAGCAGUGCAGAGUCAACUUGCUUCUGGAGGCGAGAUCGAGCCACUUGCACUAAUCAUUGAUGGAAAAUCAUUGACUUUUGCAUUGGAGAAGGAUAUGGAGAAAAUGUUUUUGGACCUCGCAAUCUUAUGCAAAGCAGUUGUUUGCUGUCGUGUCUCGCCUCUUCAAAAAGCACUUGUUGUCAAACUUGUCAAGCGUCAUUUGAAAUCCCUCCUUCUGGCUAUUGGCGAUGGUGCCAACGACGUGUCCAUGAUCCAAGCGGCCCAUGUCGGCGUUGGUAUCAGUGGUGUCGAAGGACUUCAAGCCGCACGUGCUGCCGACGUUUCGAUUGCGCAGUUCCGCUUCCUGCGUAAACUUCUUCUUGUUCACGGUUCCUGGGCAUACCAGCGUAUUAGUCGAGUCAUCUUGUUCUCGUUCUACAAAAAUAUUGCGUUGAACAUGACUCAAUUCUGGUAUGCCUUCCAAAACGCUUUCUCUGGAGAGGUCAUUUACGAAUCAUGGACGUUAUCUUUCUACAACGUCAUUUUCACCGUCUUCCCCCCAUUCGUCCUCGGUAUUGUGGAUCAAUUUAUCUCGGCUCGGUUGUUGGAUCGCUAUCCACAGCUCUAUCAACUCGGCCAAAAAGGUGUAUUUUUCAAGUUUUCAAACUUUUGGUCUUGGAUUCUCAAUGGCUUCUACCACUCCCUCCUUGCCUAUAUUAUCGGCGAGGGCGUUUUCUACAACGACCUCAAGGAGCAGAAUGGCAUGGCUACAGGCCACUGGGUUUGGGGAACUUCCAUGUACACGGCGGUUCUCGUCACGGUUCUUGGAAAGGCAUCUCUCAUCACGAACAUCUGGACCAAGUACCACGUCAUGGCUAUUCCUGGAUCUCUCCUUCUGUGGUUGAUAUUCCUUCCCGCAUAUGGUUACGCAGCGCCUGCGAUCGGAUUUUCACGGGAAUACCAAGGUAUUAUCCCAGUCGUUUUCUCAAUACCCCAAUUCUAUUUGAUGGCCUUGCUCUUGCCUGCCGUAUGCUUGAUUCGUGACUUUGCAUGGAAAUAUGCGAAACGAAUGUACAUGCCGCAGGCCUACCACCACGUCCAAGAAAUCCAAAAGUACAACGUGCAGGACUACCGGCCAAGAAUGGAACAAUUCCAAAAAGCCAUCCGCAAAGUCCGCCAGGUGCAACGUAUGCGCAAACAGCGUGGUUAUGCCUUUAGCCAAGCUGACGAAGGUGGACAACAAAUGAGAAUUGUGAAUGCUUAUGAUACGACCAAAAGUCGUGGCCGAUAUGGUGAGAUGGGUAGCUCACGGCCACUGCAAUGACCUGUUUUUUUUCUUCUUCUCGACUUGCUUACAUGCUGUUGUGUGUGUUUUUAUUCGCUGUGUGCGUGUCAUUGGAGGACAGCGCUUGGAAAUAUCUCAUCCUCUUGUAAUUUUUGAGAAAGCCUCUAUUCUUUUCAUCCUAUUGUGUAUUCAUUAGCCCUUUAGCAUUAUAGCGAUUGGUGAGGACAAUAUAUAUACCUUUCAGUUG